GUAACUGAAAGUGAAGGAUCAAAGCAGGAGCGAAGGGACUGGGUUGUUAUCGUUCACUGUCAGCCAUGAAUGCUCGAAGGGACUACCGCAACAACAAAGUCGCUCUUUUUGAUGGCAUUGAGGAGGGUGGCAUCAGGGCCUCAGCUUCCUAUUCCCAUGAAAUUGAUGAGCAAGAUAAUGAAAGGGCAGUGGAUGGAUUGCAAGAUAGAGUCAAUUUGCUGAAGAGAUUGUCAGGUGACAUACAUGAAGAGGUGGAGAGUCAUAAUCAUAUGCUGGACCGGAUGGGGAAUGAUAUGGACUCAUCAAGGGGAAUGCUAUCUGGUACAAUGGACAGGUUUAAGACGGUUUUUGAGACCAAGUCAAGCCAGAGAAUGUUUACACUGGUGGCAUCAUUUCUGGUCGUCUUUCUAGUUAUAUACUAUCUCACCAGGUAAUUGAUCCAUGAUGGAAUUGAUACAGCCACCAGCUUUACCUUCAACAUGAAGAUGCUUGCUUUCACUGUAAUCAAUAUUUACUUUCUUCUGCCUGUAAGAUAUUUUGGUAUUUUACUGUAAAGAGAUUUAAGAUGUAUGAAAUAGAAGUUGGUUGCCUUAUCACUAGGUUAUUUCGGAC